CCUCUUUGCGAUAUCACACAUUUACACCAGAGCAAUCGGCUUUGUCGUGACAGUGUGCUGCGAUACAGUCGACUUACCCGGCAGACGGAGUACAGGCAAAGGCUGUGUGCUGUGCAAUCUGUUAACUAUCCACUACUUGUGGCAAUUAUCAAAGCACUCAAGUAGAAAACCCUUAGUUACGUGCUUGAAUUUAGAUCGCGCCUAGCGUAAAGCCCCAGGCCAGGGCCUAAGGAUUCGCUGCAUUAAGGUAGAGGAGGUCUGGGCUUAGCAAUGACGGAGUCCAAGAAGCCUGAGGCUGCGAAGGAACCAGUGGCCAAGGAGGAGGCUAAGCCCCAAGAGCCGGUGGCAGACCUGCUUGAGGCGGAUGACCUGUUCGAGGAGUUCGGCACCUCUGAGUGGCAAGCCACCAAGGACGACGAGUCUGUGCCGAUGUGGGAGGCGGACUGGGAGGACGAGAACGUGGCAGAUGACUUCACAGGCCGUCUGAAGCGGGAGCUGGACGGAGCCCGCAUGAAGGACUGACCGGGUUGCCAGCGACGUAUUAGUGACGGCGUGAGGGCUUGGGUGUGGUUGAACGCCGCAAGGCCCAGAAGGAGGUGUAGGGUGACAGGAUAAGCCUAUCAGAGUUCGUGGUGCAGCGGCCGUCAGGUUUUGUCGACAGCCAACGCGGAAGCAGGCAUCGGACUACACGUGAAGGCACUUGCAGGCUGUGAGAAGUUGAGGAAUGUAGGUGUCGUAGGCCAGAUUACGAUUGGCCUUCAUCAGGCGCACGCUCGGUUAGCUUAGGGAAGGUUGCAGGGGUGACUUCUAUCAUGGGCAGCAAGGGCACGGGCUCGUUGUUGAACGUAGUCCGUUACGGUUCACAUGCGCCGAGGAAUGGCAGUCACAAGUAGUGGUGGGAACUGGGUAGGUGGGCGUAUAAUGUCCCAGUUCCCACCCAAGUGGACCGAGGUAUUUUGGUAUACUGUCAACUUGUGUCACUGUCAACGGCUCUGUAAGGAGCUCUGCGCGCGGCGGUGCGCAAUGCU